AUGAUUGAUGAAUCAGAUAAUACAGCAUCAGUAGAAUCCUUUCAUCCUUCUCAAUAUGACUUGGUUCCACGUAUGUUGCCAUAUCUUGACAAACAUUUAAUUUUUCCUUUACUGGAGUUUUUACAGCAAAAAAAGAUAUAUCCUAAUAAAGAUCUUCUUAGGGAAAAAUACAAUUUGUUGAUUGAGACUUAUAUGACAGAUUAUAUUAUAAAUUUAUGCCAAGAAAUGACUACAGAAGAUCCAACUUUUAAAAGCCAAAUAGAACUUGAUAAAAAAAAAGAAGAAGAAGAAAAAGAAUUUUCAAAACUUAAUAAGGAGAGCCAAAAAGUUUUAGAAGUUCUUGAAAAUCAUGAAAUAAUUACAGCGUUAAGACAAGAUAAAGCACAAAAUCUUCAAUAUCUGAAAGAUACACAUGGAAUAACUGUUGAAAUGAUUAAUGUUCUAUAUAAACUUGGAGAAUUUCAAUAUAAUUGUGGUAAUUAUACAAGCGCAGUAGAUCUUCUAUAUCACUUUAGAGCCUUAUCUAUGGAUAAUGACAUGAAUAUAUCUGCAACAUGGGGAAAAUUAGCAUCAGAAAUUUUAACAGUUAAUUGGGAGCGCGCAAUGGAAGAAAUCAAUAAAUUAAAAGAUAUUAUUGAUACAAAGAGCUUUUCAAGCCCCGUUUUUCAACUUAAACAUCGAACAUGGCUAAUUCAUUGGUCUCUUUUUCCCUUUUUCAAUCAUGAAGCAGGAAAGGAAGCCCUUUGUGAGCUAUUUUUUUUACCUCCAUAUAUCAAUACAAUUCAAACAGCAUGUCCAUGGAUUCUAAGGUAUCUAACUGUUGCAGUUGUUACAAUACGAUCACGAUCACGUAAUGCAAUGUCUUAUCAACGUCGUAUAAAAGAAUUAGUAAAAAUCAUUGAUCAAGAAUUAUACGAAUAUACAGAUCCUAUUAUCGAAUUCAUUAAUGCUUUAUAUAUUCAGUUUGAUUUUGAAGUUGCGCAAAAUAAUCUUAAAGAAGCAGAAAAAGUAUUAAAAAACGAUUUCUUUUUGGUGGCAACAUGUUCAGAUUUCAUUAACUCUGCACACUACCUUAUGAUAGAAGCCUAUUGCAAAAUUUACCAACGCAUCAAUAUUGAUGAUCUUUCAAAACGCUUAAACUUUUCCCAUACAGAAAUCGUUAAAUUUAUUCAUGAUGAUAUUGUAGACUUAAAUGCAAAAAUAGGUUUUGAAGAGGGUAUUAUUACAAUGAACCAUCCUUCUCAACCCAUAUAUCAGCAAAUCAUUGAACGUACGAGAGGCUUAAAUUUUCGGACCCAAGUUUUAACACAAACUAUUACUCGCCGGCAACAAGGAGAUAAAAAAGAAGCUAUACAUGAAAUUGUAACAUAAUUUAAAAUCUAUAACUCAAUACAUAUAUCACAAAUAAAUAAUACAAUUAAAAC